CGCCGCUCCCUGCCCGCGCGCCGCCGCCGCCAUGCCGAUCAACAAGCCUGAGAAGCUGGACAAGCCAGAGAGCUGUGAUAAUGUCAAGGUUGUUGUUCGAUGCCGGCCUCUUAAUGAACGAGAGAAAGCUACGGGCUACAAAAUGGCAGUCAACGUAGAUGAAAUGAGAGGAACUAUAACUGUUCAUAAAACAGACUCAUCCAAUGAGCCUCCCAAGACAUUUACGUUUGACACAGUGUUUGGACCGGAGAGUAAACAGCUGGAUGUCUAUAAUUUAACUGCAAGACCUAUUAUUGACUCUGUUCUAGAAGGAUACAAUGGUACUAUUUUUGCAUAUGGGCAGACUGGAACAGGCAAAACUUUCACCAUGGAAGGGGUCCGAGCAGUUCCUGAGCUUAGAGGCAUCAUUCCCAAUUCCUUUGCCCAUAUAUUUGGUCACAUUGCCAAGGCAGAGGGCGAUACAAGGUUUUUAGUUCGUGUGUCUUACCUGGAAAUUUACAAUGAAGAAGUGCGGGACCUGCUAGGAAAAGACCAGACGCAGAGAUUAGAGGUUAAAGAGAGACCUGAUGUGGGAGUUUAUAUCAAAGACCUUUCAGCUUAUGUUGUAAACAAUGCAGAUGAUAUGGACAGAAUCAUGACCCUGGGCCACAAGAACCGUUCUGUUGGUGCCACAAACAUGAAUGAGCACAGCUCUCGUUCGCACGCCAUCUUCACUAUCACUAUUGAGUGCAGUGAGAAGGGGGUUGAUGGAAACAUGCACGUGCGCAUGGGCAAACUGCAUCUCGUUGAUCUUGCUGGUUCUGAAAGACAGGCGAAAACUGGAGCCACGGGGCAGCGACUGAAGGAAGCUACUAAGAUCAACCUCUCUCUUUCCACACUGGGGAAUGUUAUCUCUGCACUGGUGGAUGGCAAGAGCACCCAUGUGCCCUACCGAAACUCCAAACUUACACGGCUCCUUCAGGAUUCUCUGGGGGGCAACUCCAAAACCAUGAUGUGUGCAAACAUUGGACCGGCAGACUACAACUACGAUGAGACCAUCAGCACUCUCAGGUAUGCGAACCGAGCCAAGAACAUAAAGAACAAGGCGAGGAUUAAUGAAGAUCCCAAGGAUGCUUUGCUCCGCCAGUUUCAAAAAGAAAUUGAAGAGCUUAAGAAAAAACUGGAAGAAGGGGAAGAGAUAUCUGGUUCCGAGACCAGUGAUUCUGAAGAGGAGGAUGAAGAUGACGAUGGGGAGAUUGGAGAGGAUGGGGAGAAGCGGAAGAAACGGCGGGGCAGUAGCAGCAGCAGUAGUUCAGACUCCACAUGCUCUGUCAUAGAGAAACCUCUGGAUAAGUCCUUCACUAAUCAAGCAGGCAAAAAGAAAGUUUCCCCUGAUAAGAUGGUAGAGAUGCAAGCAAAGAUUGAAGAGGAGAGAAAAGCUCUUGAAACUAAGCUCGAUAUGGAAGAAGAAGAAAGAAAUAAAGCCAGAGCCGAACUGGAGAAGAGAGAAAAAGACUUGCUUAAAGCUCAACAAGAGCACCAGUCCCUGUUGGAGAAACUGUCUGCGUUGGAGAAGAAGGUGAUUGUGGGAGGAGUGGACUUGCUGGCAAAAGCAGAGGAGCAGGAGAAGCUUCUAGAAGAAUCCAAUAUGGAACUGGAAGAACGAAGGAAGAGAGCAGAACAGCUUCGCAAGGAGCUUGAGGAGAAGGAGCAAGAACGCUUGGACAUCGAGGAGAAGUACACCAGCCUCCAGGAAGAAGCACAGGGGAAAACCAAAAAGCUGAAGAAAGUUUGGACCAUGCUUAUGGCUGCAAAAUCAGAGAUGGCAGAUCUGCAACAAGAGCAUCAGAGAGAGAUUGAAGGAUUACUAGAGAAUAUUCGGCAGCUGAGCAGGGAACUUCGUCUUCAGAUGCUUAUCAUAGACAACUUCAUUCCUCAGGACUACCAGGAAAUGAUUGAAAACUACGUUCACUGGAAUGAAGACAUUGGAGAAUGGCAGCUGAAAUGUGUUGCAUAUACAGGAAACAAUAUGAGGAAACAGACACCUGUCCUGGAUAAAAAAGAAAAAGAUCCCUUUGAAGUGGACCUUUCCCAUGUUUACUUAGCUUACACUGAAGAAAGCUUGAGGCAAUCUCUGAUGAAGCUGGAGAGGCCAAGGACUUCAAAAGGAAGAUCCAGGCCCAAGACGGGUAGAAGAAAACGUUCGGCAAAGCCAGGAGCCGUCAUUGACUCUCUGCUGCAGUAGGUGUGACCUGUUCAGAAUUGCCGUAAAAAUCAGUGAGUGUAUAAGAUUUGGCCAGAAUGUGGAAUUCAAGAGGUGGCACAGUUUGACAAGGCUAUAAAAUCCAUGCCUUGCUGGUAUGGAGCUUUAUUUAAAAAAAAAUGUAUUUUUCCUUAGUUGCCCGUAUAUUGUAUGUUAUAUUAACAUAAUAUUAAACAGGUAUAUAUGAUAGUUGUGAAAUUCCAUGUGUUAAACGUGUUGUGCAGGGAAACUAUUGUUGGCAAUCCUUGUUGAAAUGUAUAGAAAAUAAGGGUUCUAGAUGUGUGUUUAAGUGCUAGACAUGUUAGCUUAAAACGGUUGAUGAAAUCUUAAAAUUUAAGGCUGGUAAAUCUGAUUUAUGCCCUGCUUUGCACAUAACUGGCAACUUUCACUAUUGUCCUCUGUUGCACUGAUCUGUGUUUGAAUGUGGUUGCUGCAAACCUUUAAGAGCAUCAAGCCCUUUUAUUUAAGUGUUCCUCACUGUGGCUAUUAACCUGAUUGUAUUGUGUAGCAAAUACACAGUCCUUUCCCUUCAUUUGCUGUCUUGCUGUACAAAGAAAGUAGUUGGGUAGGGGAAACAUGAACUACAAAAGUCUGAGACUUCUGGGAAGGGACCAUGCUCUGUUUAAGUGCAACAGAAAACAAGUGUGUCUAAGUAGUGCUUUUAUUUUUGUCUGUUUGCGUGUGAUCUGCUGGCACUGUGGAGAAUGAGGCCUUUGAUGCAAAGGCAAAAGAGAGCUUUUUUCUUCUCUCCUUUUAAGGCUGUGUUGCAGCAUUGCUUUGGCUGCUUUUUAUGCUUCUGAGCUGGAAUUUUUUAGAUGUAUGUGAAUUGUUUUGUAGUCUGAACAGCAGAGAUUGUUUAAGGAGAAUGCUCUAACACUAGCGCUUGGCUUCAGCCUUGGGACUGUGAGCAUUAUGGCUCCAUUUUCUCAGCCCUGGCUACGAGGGCACUGGACCAGUGCUCUAAACUGAGGAUGAAUUUGAUUCUCCUGUAUUAAAACAGGCAUGAAUUGCCCAAUUUUCCCAGAACAGUAACAUCCCCUGAAACAGCUGAUGCUGUUUGUGUUCCUGUGUAGACUGUAUCAUCUCGGGUUUCUGGCUAUGCUCUGAUGAGAGGAAGAAAAUUCUGGUCUCUGAUGUUAACCAUUUAUUUGUGGUGGCUGCUCUUUUUCUUUGAUAUUUAUGCUGCUAAUAGACACGUAUCACUUUAAUACAUUGCUUUUGUGUCACAGAGAAAAUGCAUCUCCUUUGGAAUGUGUGUGUGCUUUAUAACUCACGCUGGAGCACAUCAUCUGCAGGCAUCUUAACAGCUCCCAUGCCAGGGUGGUGGUAAUUAGCUGUAACUUCCAUGUAAUCUUAGUGUUACCUAGAGGUUUAAAAAGCUGUGAUUACUAAUAGGAGGAAUUGAAUCCUCAAGCAUGAUGGAAAGAACAAGACAGCUCCUUAGCUGUCCUAAGUUCUUCCUAGUAGCCAUGUUUGCAAUUACCAGAAUGUUCUUGUGAAGUACUUGGAGUAGUUAGAAGUUGGUAGCCCUUUCUUACUGUCAUGAUGCUUAACUGGAUGUACCUUGUGGUGCUCUUAACAGGAUCUGUAGUAGUUAAAACUGGUCUUGUAAGGGCAUAUUUUGCUCUGGAGAUACAUUCAGCGCUAUUCUAAAUGAGUUGUAAGCUUUUCACUGUUUUUUUAAAUGUGUUUUUCAGGAUCAUGACCUAGAA